UUUCAUCAGAGCCCAGCAGACAUCUUUGUAAAAUUCCAUCAAACACCUCGCUCUCAGUCGACAAUUUCCAUCAUGAAUCCCGACAAAUUCACCCACAAGACCAACGAAGCGAUCGCCGCCGCCCACGAGCUCGCACUAAGCAACGGCCACGUCCAGUUCACCCCUCUUCAUCUCGCGAUCGCCCUGAUCUCCGACGCCGGUGGCCUCCUCAGGCAAUCGAUCCUCAACGCCGCUGGCAAUCGAAAUGGUGACGCCUCCGCCGUCGAAUCCUUCGAGCGCGUCCUCAGAAGCUCCCUCCGCAAGAUUCCGUCGCAAUCUCCGCCCCCCGAUGAGAUUCCGGCGUCGACCUCGUUGGUCAAGGUCAUUCGUCGGGCUCAGUCGUCUCAGAAGUCACGGGGUGACACCCAUCUCGCUGUUGACCAGCUUAUUCUUGGACUUCUCGAGGAUUCUCAGAUUGGGGAUUGCCUCAAGGAGGCUGGUAUUAGCGUGUCAAGAGUUCGAUCCGAGGUCGAGAAGCUUCGCGGUAAAGAAGGGAAGAAGAUUGAGUCGGCCUCCGGCGACACGAAUUUCCAAGCAUUGAAAACUUACGGGAGAGAUCUCGUCGAACAAGCAGGAAAGCUCGACCCGGUCAUCGGCCGAGACGAGGAGAUUCGGCGAGUAAUCAGAAUCCUCUCUCGUCGAACGAAGAACAACCCUGUCCUCAUUGGCGAACCUGGUGUUGGUAAAACCGCAGUUGUUGAAGGCCUUGCACAAAGAAUCGUGCGAGGCGAUGUGCCCAGCAAUCUCGCUGACGUUCGUCUUAUUGCCCUCGACAUGGGAGCUCUCGUCGCGGGUGCGAAAUACCGAGGAGAGUUUGAAGAGAGGCUGAAAUCGGUGCUCAAAGAAGUCGAGGAUGCAGAGGGGAAAGUGAUUCUGUUCAUUGAUGAGAUACAUUUAGUUCUCGGAGCAGGGAGGACCGAAGGGUCGAUGGACGCUGCGAAUUUGUUUAAGCCGAUGCUUGCUAGAGGGCAAUUGAGGUGCAUCGGGGCGACCACGCUGGAGGAGUACAGGAAAUAUGUGGAGAAAGAUGCAGCUUUUGAGAGGAGAUUUCAGCAGGUUUAUGUUGCAGAGCCGAGUGUUGCGGACACGAUUAGUAUAUUGAGAGGGUUGAAGGAGAAGUAUGAAGGGCAUCAUGGUGUUAGGAUUCAGGAUCGGGCUCUUGUCGUUGCUGCUCAGCUCUCUAGCCGAUAUAUCACUGGGCGCCAUUUGCCCGACAAGGCAAUUGACUUGGUUGAUGAAGCUUGUGCAAACGUUAGAGUACAGCUUGAUAGCCAACCGGAAGAAAUUGAUAAUUUGGAGAGGAAAAGGAUUCAGUUAGAGGUCGAGUUGCACGCACUGGAGAAAGAAAAAGAUAAGUCAAGCAAAGCUCGGUUAGCGGAGGUUAAGAAAGAACUCGAUGACUUGAGGGAUAAGCUUCAGCCCCUAACAAUGAAGUAUCGGAAGGAAAAGGAAAGAAUUGAUGAAAUAAGGAAAUUGAAGCAGCGGCGUGAGGAUAUGAUGUUUAGUCUACAAGAAGCAGAGCGGAGAAUGGACUUGGCUCGUGUUGCAGAUCUUAAGUAUGGGGCUCUUCAGGAGAUUGAGUCGGCAAUUGCAAAGCUUGAAGGGGAGACUGGUGACAACUUAAUGUUAACCGAGACUGUUGGUCCUGAACAAAUAGCAGAAGUUGUUAGCAGAUGGACAGGAAUUCCAGUGACUAGGCUUGGCCAGAAUGAGAAAGAGAGGCUUAUUGGCCUCGCUGAGAGGCUACACAAGAGGGUAGUCGGUCAGGAUCAAGCAGUCGAUGCUGUGGCUGAGGCUGUUCUGAGGUCGAGAGCUGGUCUUGGAAGGCCCCAGCAACCGACUGGGUCAUUCUUGUUUCUGGGUCCCACUGGUGUUGGCAAAACUGAGCUCGCUAAAGCCCUAGCAGAGCAACUUUUUGAUGAUGAGAACCUCUUAGUUCGUAUAGAUAUGUCAGAGUACAUGGAGCAGCAUUCUGUUUCUAGGCUCAUUGGUGCUCCACCAGGGUAUGUUGGACAUGAAGAAGGUGGGCAAUUGACAGAAGCGGUGAGGAGAAGGCCUUACAGUGUUGUGCUAUUUGAUGAAGUGGAGAAGGCCCAUGUUGCUGUGUUCAAUACUCUACUCCAAGUUCUUGAUGAUGGAAGACUCACCGAUGGCCAAGGAAGGACUGUGGACUUCACUAACACUGUGAUUAUCAUGACUUCAAAUCUUGGAGCCGAGCAUCUUCUUGCGGGGAUGGUGGGCAAGUCCUCAAUGCAAAUUGCAAGAGAUCGAGUUAUGCAAGAGGUGAGACGGCAUUUUAGGCCUGAGCUACUCAACAGACUGGAUGAGGUAGUUAUCUUCGACCCUCUCUCGCACGAGCAACUGAGGAAAGUUGCCAGGCUUCAGAUGAAGGAUGUGGCCGUUCGCCUUGCAGAGAGGGGAGUCGCUUUGGCUGUGUCAGAUGCUGCUCUGGAUGUUGUACUAACCGAAUCUUAUGACCCAGUUUAUGGUGCAAGGCCAAUUAGGAGGUGGCUAGAGAAGAGGGUGGUGACCCAGCUCUCCAAGAUGCUGAUAAGGGAAGAGAUAGAUGAGAACUCCACUGUUUAUAUCGAUGCAAUGGUUGGAAAGAAAGAGUUGUCGUAUAGAGUGGAGAAGAAUGGAGGUCUGGUGAAUGCUGCCACUGGCCAGAAAUCAGAUAUUUUGAUUGAGAUCCCUGCUGGAGUGAGGAGCGAUGCUGCUCAAUCUGUGAAGAAGAUGAAGAUUGCCGCAGAUGAGGAUGAAGACGAGGUGAUGGACGAAGAGUAG